AACGUCUGAUAAUAACAAUAGCGCUGCGAUUAUAAUUCUCGUCACAUGAUGAAAACAAUGAUCAAGGAAUACAAAAGAGAAGAGACGCAAUUUGAUUAAUAACAUUUAUUUUCAUCCUUUAGUACUUAUUUUUCUGCUUUUCCUGGAGGGCUACAAAAAGAUAAUCGGAGUUUAUAAUUUUUGUUUUUAAUCGUGGAAUAUUUACAUGAUUUUUUGAGCCUGCAGAAGAGCACUUUUAUUGACCCCACUGCUCUGGAGCAAUGAGCGGCUUGGCAGGGAGCGUUCCCGGGAUGAUGCGUCCAACUCUCUCCCAAAACUACCCCCGCAGUGGCUUCCCGAUGGAGGUGUCAACUCCGAUUGGUCAGGGUCGAGUCAACCAGCUCGGAGGAGUUUUCAUCAACGGCCGGCCUCUCCCGAACCACAUUCGACAUAAGAUAGUGGAGAUGGCCCAUCACGGGAUCCGGCCCUGCGUCAUAUCCCGCCAGCUCAGGGUCUCUCACGGCUGCGUCUCCAAAAUCCUGUGCAGGUACCAGGAGACUGGAUCCAUCCGGCCUGGAGCCAUCGGCGGGACUAAAUCCAAGACUACAUCUCCAGAUGUGGAGAAGCGCAUUGAGGGAUAUAAACGGGAAAAACCCGGAAUAUUCAGUUGGGAAAUUCAGGAUAAAUUGCUCAAAGAGGGAAUUUGUGACCGGAACAACGUACCCUCAGUGAGUGCGAUAAGCCGCAUCAUGAGAGGCAGAUGUGGGGCAGGAGGUGAUGAGGAAGAGGAGGAGGAUGAAGAGGAGGAGGAGAAGCGCGAGCAGGAAGAACACGCGCGCAGGAGCGGACACAGCAUCGAGGGGAUUCUCGCAGACAGAUCGAGUCCAUCUGAUGAAGGUUCAGAUGUGGAAUCCGAGCCCGAUCUGCCGCUGAAAAGGAAACAGCGUCGCAGUCGGACGACGUUCACAGCCGAACAGCUGGAGGAGCUGGAGAGAGCUUUCGAACACACACAUUACCCUGAUAUCUACACCAGAGAAGAGCUCGCUCAGAGAGCCAGACUCACUGAGGCACGAGUGCAGGUGUGGUUCAGUAACAGACGAGCUCGCUGGAGGAAGCAAGCGGGAGCCAAUCAGCUCAUGCCGUUCAAUCACCUGACCCCCGGUGGUUUUUCACAUGCGCCGAUGUCCAGUCUCUCCCCGUAUCAGCUGUCAGAGAGCACGUACCCACCAACUGGCCUUUCCCAAGAUUCGAGUCCUGUCCACAGACCUCAUCCGCUGCCUGCAGGCCAUCAGACUUCUGGAGGGGCGGGGCCAGAGGGCGGGGCUUCCUACUGUCUCUCCAGUCGCCAUGGUUAUGCAGGAUAUUCACAUACAUUUGGACCUCAUAACAGUCACGCCAACUCUGCCAUCAACAAUGGACUGUCUUCUCAGGUUAUGGGACUCAUAAGCCCAGCUGGAGUUUCUCCUCAGACUCAGGCUGAGUUUUCUCUGUCGUCUCUCAGCGGUGCUCUGGAUUCGGGUGGAUCGGUCAGCAGCAGCUGUUCUCAGCACAUGGAGCCACUGUCCAGUCUACCUGCCCUCUCCAACAUGCCCAACUCACAGACCUACAUCCAGGCCUCCUUCUACAGCGUGGAGCACAGCGCCCCCUACCAGUACAGCCAGUACGGACAAAGUAAGAUUCCUUUCAUUAUCUGAAGCCUGAAAUCGCCUGAACGAGUCGUGCAGCUAAAGGAGUGUUGACAUAAAGUCCCAAAGUCCUGGAAAGAAGGUUUUCUACAGAAGAGUAAUGCAGACAAGAGAUACAAAACUCUUGGCAAUAAAAAUACAACUUCUUUACCACAGGAUGGCACAGCCGGCAGAUGAGAAGAUCUCAAACAUUCCCUUGAACUCAUCUUCAAAAGCCCUUCCAGCAGAAUUAUCCACAAUCACCAAAAAAACACAACAAGACAAGCUGAAUCGAAACAGAAAGAGAUGUUUUUCACUGAGAAACAUGUUGAAGUGCAAUAUAAAAACAUACGAGACAUUCGCGGCCACUUAUGAGGCCAGACGACAGCGCUGAGCUAGAUAUGUGUUGUGAUUAAAAGACAAAUGUUUUGUAGCUGACAAUGAACUUUUCUCAUGCAUUCCUUGAAUGAUAUUUUUGUUUUAUUUUUUAAAUGAGGGACGACUGGAAAAUUAUACAGUAUUUGGGAACUUGGGAAUUCAAAAUCAUACUUGUUUGAUUAUACAACUCAGAAAUAAUUCCUAUAGCGGUGCUAAAAGGUGCACUCACUGUGAAAAUGACUUAUUUUUUAGCAUUUGAUAUAUGUUUAAGACUGCAAUAUAAAUUUGGUCGUCCCCAAUAACACUUGUAAUUGCACCAAUAACACCUAAUGUUUUUCCUUCUCGUCAAGAGAUGGUAAAACACUAAAAGUGCUCAAAUAUCCUGAUGAUACCGCCACGACAACUCUGGAUGUUUUGUAUUAAUUUAUUUUGUAUGUGUGUGUGAAUGUAUAUCUGUAUCCUCCAGA